ACUGCAGUUGGCCACUGCUGCUCUUGCUGCUGAUGCUGGCUCUGGGCCGAGUCCGGCCAGAGAAUAUCAACGAUACCACGGCCAGUGAGGAUAUCGAUGACGACGAGGCCACUAGUCCCAGUCCGUCCAUACCAGAGACCACCGAUCGUCUGAUCACUGGAGAUCUUCGGAAGGCGGCGCGCGUGGAGCAGCUGUCGCCGCCGGGCAGCGGCUCUGCGUCCAAGCAGGAGUACGAUGUGAUUGAUGUGCUGUCCGCCACCAAUGCGGUGGUGGGCAAGGCCAAGAGCGGCCAGACCACGCGCAUCUUUACCACCGGAGACGUGGAUGACACAUUCUGGAUGAAGCAUCUGGGGGAUGACUUCAAGCAUGCCAUUCACCUGCAGGUGGGCGGCACCAAUGAAGAGUACAAUCGUCUGGUCAAUCAGACACAGAAUGGCAUUCACGAGGAGGUGCACCAUGAGUAUCUGCCGGGGGCAGAGCGACCAGACUCCAUGCAACAGCAGCAGCAGCAGCCCAGAGCUCGCUAUACGCCACGGAGCUCCCCCAGGCAGCAGCAGCAGCAGCAGGGUCUUGAGGGAGAGGCCUUGGCCAUGAAGCAGCGAUACCUGAUCCAUCGGCAGCAGCAGCAGCAGCAGCAACAGCAGAGAUAUGGUUACACACAGCAGCAUGCCCAGCAAUACACACCACGAGCACACACACAGAUACACCAAUACCCACAACCACACACACACCAACACCAACACCAACAGCAGCCACACACACACAGAUACCAAAGACCAUAUCCACCGAAGGCCCAGCAGCAGCAGCAGCAGCAGCAACAACAAGUGCGAUACAUCAACCACCGGCCACCCAUCCGUACCAUCAUCAACUCCAGCGAGGAUCAGCUGCAUGCGGCCCAAUCAAGUCCGGGAGCCCAGCACGCAGCAGCUGCGGCCAUUCAAGCGGGAGGUGGCAUCGGACGGUCCCCCGACGAAGAUGAGGCGGACACCUUUGGCAGCCAGCUGCCGUUCAAGUCGCCCUUCAACGACUACGGCAGUCGACCCACCCGCGAUCUCACCUAUCUCCUGUACAGGCGGGGACUCUAGGACUAGUUUAGACUUAAGGCCUGGCCUCCAAUUGGGUUCUAUAAAUGAGGCACAGCCAAUUACAUUACAGAAACAUUUAAGGGGAAGUACAAAAUAAAAUGAGGAA